CCUCGCGCUCGUCAUGCGACGACUCCAUGUCCCGCGCGAAGAGAGAACGCACAGUUCCCUGUCCCUAGGCUCCAUUCUUGCAGGCGCCAACAUAGACUGGGCAACAUGCGGAGAGGUGCUCAAUGAGGUGAAGCUUUCUCGUCGCAUUAGAGAUGCAGGGAAGAUGAGCGAAUCCUGACAAAGUCAUUCUCGCAGAUGCGUGUCCUCGAACCAUAUCUUCCCUCGCUCUCCCAGCUCCGAGCGGGAACAGACGAUGACCUCUUACUGGCCGUCGUUCUUCUGCUCACCUCGUCUCAAAUCGCUGAGUGGAGGAGCCAGCUUAGCGACUUUGUGCAAAGAGAGGUGCAGCAUCGUGUUCUGUACGGUCCUCGUGGGACGUACGACAUUAUGGCGCUACUGCUCGUCAGCCAGUGCCCAAACGACGUGUUCCCCGACGCCUUUCAAAUCUCCGCUCUGGACGGAUCGGGCAUCCUAGCGGCCGGCGCGAGCGCUUGUCGAACACGGAGGAUGGAUGAAAGCUCGACGCCAAACGACAAUGCGACGAUGCUGUGGGCCUGCCUGUGCUUGCAGUCAAGUCUGAACUGCAUAAUGGAAGACGUCACGCGCAAGCCUGUGGCGAAAUUGAAGAAUAUGGAGGCGCUGGGCUCGGAGAAUGAUCUAUUCAAAACUCGCUUCCGCUACAUUGAGGAAGUCAGAGUCCUCUGUCGGGCAUUGGCCGACGAGCUGUGCGUGGAGAAGACCCUGGGCACACCACAGGACGCUUGCGACAAGGCGAAGACGUGCUUGCAAGCGGUCAAUCAGGCCUCAAGCAAGCACCGAAUGGCACUGCGCCAUGGCCAUCCAAGCCAAAGUGCCCUUUUGGCCUACCUGGACCUGGAGCAGGAGAUUGUGCACUAUGCAGCCAUCUCCCAGAUCAUCAACAUCCUCUUUCGGCCAUUCGUAUACCAUGUCAAGGAGCCAGUCAGCUCCGUUGAUUUCUUCCGAUCGUUCCACGCUCAGGCUGAUUACUUGGACGCCUUCGUCUCCGUCGGCACCGCUCGCAUUGUCGCCGCCAAGCUCCUCAUCUACAAGUAUCUCGCUCUGGUGCGCAAAUACGGUCGGAAGCAUCCUCUGCGACCUGACGUGGAGCCAAAUAUGCGCCAGCAGACUGAACAGCUCGGCUUUCUGAGGCCACGGAACUACUUCCUCUACGCCGCUCUAGUCGCAGCGGCCAAAGCUGUAGCAGAGGAGUGUUCAGGCCGAUGGUUCGCCGGGCAUGUUCCCGACGCAGGCGAAGAGAUGGCCCUCUGGCAUGGAAACCUGCUACUGCUUGAGCGCCUGCAACGCGACAUCAUCGGGCUGCCCCGGGGAACUCAGCUGCUCGAGACCAUUGUCAAGGCUCUCAGACAGACGGUCCUGACAUUGGGGGCAUGGAUCGAGGCAGCUGAGCGCCAAGCACUUCGUGGCACUUUCCCGCGACUGAUUGCAGACACGACGAGCGGUCCUGACGCUGAAGAAUCGUCCUUUGACGACUUUCGAUUUGCCGAAUCAUUCAUCAACGACAUCCUCGACGGCGACAUUCUCGGCUCACCAAGCGACUUUCUUCAUCCUCCCUUCUCGCUGCGCGAAGCCUCGCCAUUGACGCAGAGCUUCCCGCUGUAAGCUCGACCGUGCGAUCUCUGUGGCAGGGAGUAAUAGCAGGAUAUGAGCGCUCGCUCUGCUUCUCACUGUCGUUGGCCACAGUAGAGUAGUAUCACGAUAGAAUUGGCUAUGUAUCAUAGGUACCUUGGUCUCGUUCCGAACACGCUUACUGCAUGGACAUCUUCUCCCAAUCCUCAC